AUGGCCAUGCCGUUAGAUCACGCAUCCGGAAGAACUUUGAAGGUACCAGCAUUUGACGGAGAGAUGUCCUGGAACGUUUAUAAAACCCAGUUCGAAGCAGCGGCAACUAGUAACUGUUGGAACGGAAAAGAACGAGCUACAGCACUGAUACUGGCCCUGCGAGGUUCAGCAGCAGAGGUUCUUCAGACGAUUCCGGCGGAGAGCCACUUCAACUAUGAAGUUCUGGUUAGCGCGUUGGAUUUACGUUAUGGUGAAGAACACAUGAAACAGAUUUAUCGGUCUCAGCUUAGAAACAGAACGCAACGAUCUGGUGAAUCCAUUCAGCAGCUGGCACAAGAUAUCGAACGGUUGACAUUGCUGUCGUAUCCGACAUCAGACCCCGAGCAUAGAGACGAAACUGCCUUGGAUACGUUUAUCAAAGCCCUUCGUGAUUCGGAACUCAAGCAAUCCCUUGUCUUGUCAGAUAAACGAAAACUCAAGGAUGCCGUUGCGCACAGUCUCACUUUUGAAUCGGCAAAGCAAGCAUCAAAAAGUGACGUACGUCUACGCCAAGUACAUGAAGAAUGCUCUUGCCAGAAGACUACAUCGAAAUCGAAACGACCUAUGGCUGAACGGAAAAGUUGA